AUGGAUGAGAUAAUUAUGUGUUCCCCUUCUUCUACUCCGCUUGUUCCCGUUUGUCAUGAGACCUCACCAACGAUUGAGCAACUUCUACAGUUCAUAGUUCAAAGCCGGCCUGAGUGGUGGGUCUACUCCAUCUUCUGGCAAAAGUCCACAGACAAUAAUGGCCAUGCUGUUCUAUCAUGGGGUGGUGGUCAUUUUCGUGGCACCAGGAGCUUUCUGUCCAAAGCGAGCAAUGAUCAUGACCAACACAAAAAUGGGUUCAGUUCGGAAAAACUCAACGUGAGCGAAGGACCGAAAGUUCUUUUUGCCGAUCAGGACUUGGACAUAGACAAAGUAGCAAUGGAUGAUGUCACCGAAUCCGAAUGGUUUUACGCCGUCUCGUUUACACGAUCAUUUUCUGUACGCGAUGGUGGCGUUCUUGGCCGCGCAUAUAGCAGCGGGGCAUACAUUUGGUUGUCAGGUGAUCAAGAGCUUCAAUUCCAUGAGAACGAGAGAGUUAGAGAAGCUCGUAUGCAUGGGAUCCAGACUUUAGUUUGUGUUGCAACCUCAAGUGGGGUGGUUGAACUUGGUUCUUCCGAUUCAGUUCAAGAAGAAUACUGUGGUUUGGUGCAACAAGUAAAGUCCCUUUUCGGUGUUGGAAAUGCUAAUUCUCGUGAGGAGCCAAGGCAGCUGGGAAGCCAUCGGGGUCAGCCACCAGUUGCCAAGCGCCCGGAUUUUCCUUUUCUAGAUAUCGGAAUGUUUUUACAAGCUCAAAAGGCGUGCACCUUGCAAGAGAUCAAGCAACCAGAAGUUUAUGCAAUAUUUAAAGAUGAAGGGGCAGCUGGUCUUGGCCGUUCAUCAUCUUACUCAGGGCCUUCUGAUUCUAGAGGUGAUUUUGCCUCUGAAAGUACUGAGAACAUUCGGCCGAAGAAGAAAGGGAGAACGCAAACGAAUAGGCGAGAUUGCUUGGUCAACAACUUGGAAGCAGAGAGGAAGCGCCGAAAGAAGCUUAACCAUCGGUUCUACGAGCUCCGUUCGGUGGUUCCCAAUGUUUCAAAGUUGGACAAGGCAUCUUUACUCGCUGAUGCAGUCGUGUGCAUCAAUGAGCUCAAGGUCAAAAUUGAUGACUUGGAGGCAAAACUCAAGGCACAAUCCCGAAAGGCCAAGAUUAGUAAUUUGAGUGGUAUGUAUGACAUGAAUCGAAGCAUAACUACCUCCACAGUUGAUAAGAAAAGGCUAUCAUCAUCAAGUUAUACUGCAACUACGAUGGACGUGGAGGUGACAAUUGUUGGAUCAGAAGCCUUGAUCCGAGUACAAUGCCCGGACUUGAACUACCCACAUGCAAGAUUGAUGGAUGCAGUCAGAGACCUUGAGUUUCAAAUUCAUCAUGCUAGCAUCUCAAGCGUGAAGGGGCUGAUGCUUCAAGACCUUGUGGUACAAGUUCCUGAUCAUGUAUCACGAAGUGGCGAGGAAAUGAGAAUAGCUAUUCUUAAUCAGGUCAUGCGGAGUUAA